UUUCUGUUGAUUUUUUUCUCCUCUUUAUCUCUCUCCAAUUUUUUGUAACAGGAAUAUAGAUUUUUUGCUGCGUAUUCAUCUACUUGUAAUAUCGUAGCAUUAAAUAAAAUAUUAAGGCGUUUACUUCAAUUUUCGUUUCUGUCUGAACCUUUCCCACUGAUCCAUACAGACACUGUUAUCUCAUGAAAUACGCUUGAAAUAUAAAUGGAAAAUACAUAUAUGCCUGAUAAUACUUUGAACCAAAAGCAUGAGAAUUUAUCAACUGUCUUAUCAGAUUUAUCCGUCUUCAGACUCUUUUGAUCAGGCUAUUUUCGAUUAUUACUUUUCUAAAUACUACACUUAGGACUAACAAAAAAGCCUGUGAAUCCCACGGAACAAACGCCUACAGUUUACGUUUCCAGCAGAUGAUGGAGCUGAACCAGAAAACCAAACUGGCUCAUGUUGAUUUAUUUCACUUUUCUUUUGUUUGAAUGACCUAGUAGGAUAAAGACUACAUCUUUCUACUAAGAUGUGUAAAAAAUCGAUCAUGUGUUUCAGAACUGACCUGAGGGGGAUCUUUUUACCUGCACUAGACAAAAUUACCUCACAUAACACACAGCGAUGCAGUUUGAAUGACUGAUAUAAUUAUGAACAAUAAAUCGUGCCCAAAACGUUAUCCACUUAUCAGUAUUGUAACACUGUUAUAUCGAAUAAACUUAUCUAAUAUAGAAUUAUACCCUACCACAGAGCUCAAAUACUGCCGUUACAUUUAGAAUCUUUUGUCCUCUGUACGACCAUGAAAGUAAAUGUUCGAUGAUACUGUUAAAAAUCAAACUGUGAAUACGGCAGAUAUAUCCAGGUCCACAACAGUAGGCGGGAAUGUUUUGGCUACUUACACGUUGCAAAUAAUGCCGUAUCACUCAGGAUGUAUUAUAUCAAAUACAAUCAUGGAGCUACAUUUCCACCAUUUACAUGAAAAUAAAGCUAAAGGUACUUUAAGUAUAUUUAAACGUGAACGAUGCAUUGAAAGCUCAUCGUAUACACUGGAUGAAUAUGAGAAUAAACUGAGUGAUUCGUCAUUACAACAACAAAAUCUUCCAAAUCGAUCAAGUUGUUUUACUGACAAUUCUGUAUUAUUCAGCAUACCUAAACACGAUGACAGUAAUAAUAUUAAUAAUGAAGUAGUUGAAUUACAACAUCAGAAGAUGGUGGAUGAUACAUCAGCUGGAAGUGAUUAUUAUAGUUAUCAUCCUAGUAAUUCAAUUAAUAAGCAUAAUAGUGACAAUGAUGAUGGUGGUGGUGAUGGCGCAAAGAAUAUUGACAAUGAUAAAGUAGUGCUACUACAGAAUACAAUCAAAUCUGGUAAUGGGAAACAAUCAACCAAUUCAGUUGUUAAUGUGAUUAAUUGUGAUAAUGAAAUUGGUGAGAAUACGUCAAUUAUAUCAUCAUCAUCAUCGUCGUCGUCGUCGACCGCAACAUUCGAAGGUCAACAGCCACCGCCACCUCCAGAACAACAACAACAACAACAAUCGAAACAACAAAAAGAACAACAUUCUAUGCCACUUAUAACAAUUGCUUAG